AUGGAGCUCGAGAAUAUCGUGGCCAACACCGUCCUGUUGAAAGCAAGAGAAGGUAAGAGAUGUCGGAGCGUAGGGACGGAUAACCAGCUUGACAGCUCCUCUCUCUGCACCACCAGAACCAGCUCAGAACCUGGGGAUUCCCCCAGGAAGCGCAGGCCACAGAGAUAGGAGCUGGAUGAUUGCUGCACCUCUUUAUUAUUUGCAAAGCCUCUGAAGCGUUAAGAUAACUAUAUUAACAAUAUAUUAUAUUUACACAAUAUUUAUCCGAGCUUAACCUUGGACAUUGGUAGGCUACAGAAAAAAAUGCGACUGUCAAUCAGACUGCGAGACAUUAGAUUUUCUGUCUUUCUACACUACAGGAUCAUUCUGUCAUUGUCGAAACAGGAUGUUGAAAAUAAUCCCGUAUUCAAUUUGCAAUGAAGAGCUAGCUACACACAUACAAAAUUAACGCCAGUAGACAUUCAUUUGUGGACCUAUUGUUGGCAAUGACAGCGUAUGUCAGUGUGCUCCAUGUUAGCGGAUUGUAGUUGUGUUGGUAGGGUGUCAACAUAAGGCCUAUGUCAAUUUGUGAAAUGACAACAUAAAGAUGAUCACUGAGUAAGCAGCACUAUAUACUCUAGCUGUUGCAGAUACUGUAACAAGCCGGAUAUCAUUUUUUCUAAUUACUGUAGACCUAUAAUAUAUCCAUCUGAAACACAAAUGGCAACACUAUAUAAUUUUAUGCCCCAGUCGCAGAUUAUCUGAUAGUGGUCCUACUAUCAGAUACAUUGGAAGCACUGACAGUAAUGAACUAACUACAGUAAAAGAAGUCGGCUAUCAUGUGGGACAAAAGUAAGACAUUUGAUCUAUCUAUUUGUUAUACCUCCUUCAUACUAAAUCAAUUAGUGCAAACACAAUAAACAAAGGUCUUGUUUUAAAACUCAGGAAUGUUUUUCCUCCAAACAGAAUCAUUCCAUUCACAGGGUGGUUGAUCCUAGUCUGAUGAACCCCACUCUGGUCAUAUUGGUCACAUUGCAUAUUUUGGAUAUAUACAGUAAAAAUAGAAUAGCAUAGAAUAACUUGUAUUUUUCCCAGAGGGAACAUCGGUAUCAUCAUCAAAUAACAUCAUACUGAUCUGUAAAUGUAUAUAUUUCCAAUCAACCAAUCAGAUUUUCAUUUGUGAAAUGCUUUACAAUGGAAAACGAACAAAAACAAUUGUACUGUAUGUCGGAGGUAGCCGACAGAAAAACACAGUGUUCAAAGUGUUAUUGUAAUCUCUGGUAGGAUCAAUACUGUACUCUCUAUCUAGUAUCAAUGUACUGUCUCUGUUUGUUUGAUAGAGGAGAAGUAUUGAAUCUGCCAUAGACAUUACACAGACUUCUGUUUUCACGUCGCCUCUCUCUGGUCACGUUGUUUGCCAUUGAAAUCCACAUUAAAUACCACUGUGAAGUGUUAUUAUAUUUGAAUGUAGGACAUUGUCAACCCUAAGUUCUACUUGAAAUCUCUUUAGAGUGCCAGUCUUAUUACAUUUAUCAGGGACUUAAGAGGGUGUGUUUUGCAGGAGAAUGUGAAAAGAUGAAUCAAUGAAUUGUAAAUGAUCAAAUUAUAUCUCUGAGAGACCAAACCCUACUCGGUAGCCAGGUGAAGUGGUAUGAUCAAAUCCACAUAAUAACUACUUAUUACUGCAAAUCAGUAUUAUUGUAUCUGCUUCACCCCAAUAUGGUGUUCUAGUAGAAGCACCUCUACUUUGUUUUCCCCUCUUGUUGUUGAUGGUGGUGGUAAUAACACUGUUAUUCUGUUAUUAUCAAAUAGUAAUAAUACAUUAAUACUUUCUGUCACAAACACCAGUUUAAGAUGGAAAAGAGCGGCAGAGGGAAAGAAUAAGAGGCACUGGAUCUCUCUCUGAUUUGCGCUAUUAUUUCCAUAUGGUUUGUCGGUCUUUGCAUUUGCACUAAUGCAGGAUGUGAUCUCAUUCUUUCAACACCAGUGAGUAUAUUUCCAUCAAACAAUACUAAGUUAGUGAUAACAUACUGUACACUGUCAUUUGCAGUAUAUAAACCCUGGAUUGUUGAUGCUAUUUAUUGGCCAUUUGAGAGGCUUUUAAGCCACCGGUCGGUCAUAUUGGCACUCCCAAGUAGAAGCAGUCCUCCAUAGGAAUGAAGGGAAUUCUACAGUAUUUCAAUUCAAUGUUUCAAGGACAAAAUUACAUGUGUUUAAGUAUUUUCUUGUUGUAUUAGGGACAGUAACAUUAGUAAUCUCAAAAAAAUUAUACUUUAAGGAAAAUGUUUUUAUGUUUUAUUUGUAUGUUUAGCUCACAUAAUAUAAUUUCAAAGUAUUCUUUAAGAGGCUCCUCUGUCCUCCACUCGUUAUCAGUAUAAAAGACACCUGUCCACAACCUCAAACAGUCACACUCCAAACUCCACUAUGGCCAAGACCAAAGAGCUGUCAAAGGACACCAGAAACAAAAUUGUAGACCUGCACCAGGCUGGGAAGACUGAAUCUGCAAUAGGUAAGCAGCUUGGUUUGAAGAAAUCAACUGUGGGAGCAAUUAUUAGGAAAUGGAAGACAUACAAGACCACUGAUAAUCUCCCUCGAUCUGGGGCUCCACGCAAGAUCUCACCCCGUGGGGUCAAAAUGAUCACAAGAACGGUGAGCAAAAAUCCCAGAACCACACGGGGGGACCUAGUGAAUGACCUGCAGAGAGCUGGGACCAAAAUAACAAAGCCUACCAUCAGUAACACACUACGCCGCCAGGGACUCAAAUCCUGCAGUGCGAGUACAUGUCCAGGCCCGUCUGAAGUUUGCUAGAGUGCAUUUGGAUGAUCCAGAAGAGGAUUGGGAGAAUAUCAUAUGGUCAGAUGAAACCAAAAUAUAACUUUUGGGUAAAAACUCAACUCGUCGUGUUUGGAGGACAAAGAAUGCUGAGUUGCAUCCAAAGAACACCAUACCUACUGUGAAGCAUGGGGGUGGAAACAUCAUGCUUUGGGGCUGUUUUUCUGCAAAGGGACCAGGACGACUGAUCCGUGUAAAGGAAAGAAUGAAUGGGGCCAUGUAUCGUGAGAUUUUGAGUGAAAACCUCCUUCCAUCAGCAAGGGCAUUGAAGAUGAAACGUGGCUGGGUCUUUCAGCAUGACAAUGAUCCCAAACACACCGCCUGGGCAACGAAGGAGUGGCUUCGAAGAAGCAUUUCAAGGUCCUGGAGUGGCCUAGCCAGUCUCCAGAUCUCAACCCCAUAGAAAAUCUUUGGAGGGAGUUGAAAGUCCGUGUUGCCCAGCGACAGCCCCAAAACAUCACUGCUCUAGAGGAGAUCUGCAUGGAGGAAUGGGCCAAAAUACCAGCAACAGUGUGUGAAAACCUUGUGAAGACUUACAGAAAACGUUUGACUUGUGUCAUUGCCAACAAAGGGUAUAUAACAAAGUAUUGAGAAACUUUUGUUAUUGACCAAAUACUUAUUUUCCACCAUAAUUUGCAAAUAAAUUCAUUAAAAAUCCUACAAUGUGAUUUUCUGGAUUUUUUUCCCUCAUUUUGUCUGUCAUAGUUGACGUGUACCUAUGAUGAAAAUUACAGGCCUCUCUCAUCUUUUUAAGUGGGAGAACUUGCACAAUUGGUGGCUGACUAAAUAUUUUUUCCCCCACUGUAUAUAUAUAUAUAUAUAUAUAUAUAUAUAUAUAUAUAUAUAUAUAUAUAUAUAUAUAUAUAUAUAUAUAUAUAAAAAAUCAUUGGUCAUUUGUCAGACUUGUACAUCUCUUUGCCAGGCAUAAACAAUACGCUCAGCGUCUCAUUUGCAUCUUGUCCACUUCCCAUUGUGAUAAAACAUUGUUAGUCAGACAUACUGUCAAUAUGUUCACUUCCAACCACUAUUUGAAUAGCAAAUGUUACUGGGCAUGGCAUCCAGUUCCUUCUCAUGCCACUUAUAGAGUUGGUUUCACCACCCAACCAAGAUGGGCAACUUUACAGCGUAGGUAGCAGGCCUAGGCCUAUUCUGCUUGCCAAUUUGUUUGUUGUCGUACUGUAACUAUACUGAACAAAAAUAUGAACGCAACAUGUAAAGUGUUGGUCCCAUGUUUCAUGAGCUGAAAUAAAAUAUCCCAGAAAUGUUCCAUACGCACAAAAAGCUUAUUUCGAUCAGAUUUUGUGCAAAAAUGUGUUUACAUCCCUGUUAGUGGGAAUUUCUCCUUUACCAAGAUAAUCCAUCCACCUGACAGGUGUGGCAUAUGAAGAUGCUGAUUAAACAGCAUGAUCAUUACACAGGUGGACCUUGUGCAGAGGACAAUAAAAGGCCACUUUAAAAUGUGCAGUUUUGUCACACAACACAAUGCCACAGAUCUCUCAAGUUUUGAGAGAGCGUGCAGUUAGCAUGCUGACUGCAGGAAUGUCCACCAGCGCUGUUGCCAGAGAAUUUAAUGUUCAUUUCGCUACCAUAAGCCUCCUCCAAUGUUAUUUUAGAGAAUUUGGCAGUACGUCCAACUACCCUCACAACCACAGACCACGUGUAACCAUGCCAGUUCAUCUGCGUGCUCGUCUUCCUCACCAGGUUCUUGACUUGAUUGCAGUUCGGAGUCAUAACCGACUUCAGUGGGCCAAUGCUCACCUUCGAUGGCCACUAGCACGCUGGAGAAUUGUGCUCUUCACGGACGAAUCCUGGUUUCAACUGUACUGGGCAGAUGGCAGACAGCGUGUAUGGUGUCGUGUGGGCGAGUAGUUUGCUGAUGUCCACGUUGUGAACAGAGUGCCCCAUGGUGGCGGUGGGGUUAUGGUAUGGGCAGGCAUAAACUAUGGACAACGAACACAAUUGCAUUUUAUUGAUGGCAAUUUGAAUGCACAGAAAUACCAUGAUGAGAUCCUGAGGCCCAUUGUCGUGCCAUUCAUCCGCCACCAUCACCUCAUGUUUCAGCAUAAUAAUGCAUGGCCCCAUGUCGCAAGGAUCUGUACACAAUUCCUGGAAGCAGAACAUUUCCCAGUUCUUCCAUGGCCUGCAUACUCACCAGUCACCCAUUAAGAAUGUUUGGGAUGCUCUAGAUUGACUUGUACGACAGCGUGUUCCAGUUCCCGUCAAUAUCCGGCAACUUCGCACAGUCAUUGAAGAGGAGUGGGACAACAUUUCACAGGCCACAAUCAUCAGCCUGAUCAACUCUAUGCGAAGGAGAUGUGUCGCAAUACAUGAGGAAAAUAGUGAGCACAGCAGAUACUGACUGGUUUUCUGAUCCACGCCCCCUACCUUAUCUUUUUCUGUGACCAACAGAUGCAUAUCUGUAUUCCCAGUCGUGUGAAAUCCAUAGAUUAGGGCCUUAGGAAUUUAUUUCAAUAGACUGAUUUCCUUAAAUGAACUGUAACUCAGUAAAAUCUUUGAAAUUGUUGCAUGUUGCGUUUAUAUUUUUGUUCAGUGUAGCUAGUGCUACCAUUGACCAGUUUCAGAUUGGCAUGAGCAAAGAUGGUUGCAUGGUUGCUGUCUGGAGCAGGGGUCCAUUAUUGCACUUGUAAAAGUUCACUCAGGAUAAUGAUCAGCUGGGCAAAGUUGUGUUUUAAAUCUGAGUUCUGUAGAUUUGUUGAAGGUCCACUGCCAUUAGCAUAGGGCAACAAGUAACUCUUAGCUUUUUAACUGGCACUUACUUGAAACUGAAGAUAAGGAACUUACUUAAUUUUUUAUCUUUUGAUGUUAUUCGUCUGCGGGACAGAUGUUAACUCUUCAAGUUCCUCAUUGCUUCCCUGAAACCAUGCAUGGUUGGAACCAAUUGAGGGAACAUAACCGAUUUAAUGGACAUUUUUGAGGAACGGUAACAGAACCGGGAAUGAAAGUGAUCUUUAGUGUUCCGGAACAGAACCGUUACUUUCAAAUCUUGAGAACCGGUUAAUAAUGUUGUUGUUUUUUUCAAAAAUAUUCCUAAUUUCUAGUAUAUCAUUCUCUAAUUCAGUGAAGUUAUGAUGCUAGUAAUAGCCUAAACACAUUCCAAUUCACGUCCUGUCAUGAUGCUCAGCGCUUCAAGCCAAGCCCCCUCCAUGUCCACCCUCUCUCUCGCUCUCUCCCCACCCGUGACAUUUCAGUCGAAUCUCACGCCUGCACUUAUCUGUCCAUCAGACAUGUAAACAACUAUAGUAGCUUACACGUUCCAUAGCAAGCUGCUCUAACCACGGUAAUUGGUGUAGUAAAUGAUUGAGCUAAAUGUUCAAACUAUUUUGAUUUCACGGGGUAAAACAUUUACGAGAAGGAACUAUGGCUGCGUUUACACAGGCCCAAAUAUUGGCAAAAGAGCUGAUCUGGUUUAGUUGAAAAAUAUCAGAAUUGGGUUGCCUGUGUAAACGCAGCCUAUAUGAACUGUUACCUUUUUGGGGUUCGAACCGGUUCAGAACUUUAUGCUGGUCGGAACACUGGAACAAAUAGGGGUUAAAUAAAUAGGGGUUCUGCUCGGAAUGGAAUGAUUGGAAAAUAAUUUAGGUUCCAACCCCUGAUGGCUACUGGCUAGGCUACGUAUCGCUACACUAACCCUAACCCUCCCUGUUGAUUUCCUCUACCACUCUAAAGAUAAAAGGCCUCAAACUCCCUGCCUCUCUGUGUACUGUAGGCUCCGGUUCACACACACACACACACACACACACACACACACACACACACACACACACACACACACACACACACACACACACACACAACACCCCUGUGACCUUUACCUGGACGGCCUGAUGACAAGCCAGCUUUUCUAAUAAGGAGGGAGCAGCAGGGCCUCCCACCUGGAUCAGUUGUUCUGCCUGUUCGCUGUGUGUGAAUGCUGCAGCAUUUGACAUGGGUCUCACAGACGUCAGGCCAGCGGGGCAUUCUCAUGGCAUUGACAUGAUUAUUUUCCUGAAGCCACUCCAGGAUGCCUGCAGCUCACAGGUCUGGGGGAGGGAAGGAAUAGUGGAGCCUCAGGCUGGGCUGGACACCUGGUAGAAAAGAGAAAUGGAGAGAAAAAACCCUCUACUAAUAACCUUUGGAGUUGAGCAAAGUCGUACUUUCAUGUUGUGCUGUUUUCUAUAAUGUAUUGGAAGGUGGCAUCUGGGUUUUGUAGUCCAUCUGGCUGUAUCAGAACCCAUGACCUUGGCCAGUCUCUGGGUCAAGUUCUCACUAGUCGCCAUUCAAGGUCAAUGUCUGGGUCAUGAACUUAGACAUUCAAAAUCUGUAGGCUAUUUGUUAGCAUUGUGGUUGGGUACUAACCCUUUUUUGGACAAGAAUACCAAUGUAAGAAUGCUGUUCAUCGACUCCAGCUCAGCCUUUAACACCAUAGUGCCCUCCAAGCUCAUCACUAAGCUCGGGGCCCUGGGUAUGAACCCUGCCCUGUGAACUGGGUCCUGGACUUCCUGAUGGGCCGACCUCAGGUGGUGAAGUUAGGCAACAACACCUCUGCUACGCUGAUCCUCAACACGGGGCCCCACAAGGGUGCAUGCUCAGCCCCCUCCUGUACUCCCUGUUCACCCAAUACUGUGUGGCCACGCACAACUCAAUCAUGAAGUUUGCAGACGACACAACAAUGGUAGGCCUGAUUACCAACAAUGACGAGACAGCCUACAGCAGUGUUUCCCAAACUCGGUCCUGGGGACCCCAAGGGGUGCAUGUUAUGUUUUCUUGCCCUAGCACUAUACAGUUGAUUCAAAUAAUCAACUCAUCGUUAAGCUUUGGUUAUUUGAAUCAGCUGUGUAGUGCUAUGGCAAAAAACAAAACGUGCACCCCUUGGGUGGACUUCAGGAGACAGCAGAGGGAGCACGCCCCCAUCCACAUCGACGGGACCACAGUAGAGAAGGUGAAAAGCUACAAGUUCCUCGGCGUGCACAUCACUAACAACCUGAAAUAGUCUAGCCACACAGACAGUGUGGUGAAAAAGCGCAACAGCGCCUCUUCAACCUCAGGAGGCUGAAGAAAUUCGGCUUGGCCCCUAAGGCCCUCAAACUUCUACAGAUGCACCAUUGAGAGCAUGCUCAAGGGCUGUAUCAUCACCUGGUAUGGCAACUGCACCGUCCGCAACCACAAGGCUCUCCAAAGGGUGGUGCGGUCAGCCCAACACAUCUCCAGGGAUACACUGCCUGCCCUCCAGGACAUCUACAGCACACGGUGUCACAGGAAGGCCGAAAAGAUCAUCAAGGACCUCAGCCACCCAACCCACGGCCUGUUCACCCCGCUACCAUCUAGAAAGCGGAGACAGUACAGGUGCAUCAAAGCUGGGACUGAGAGACUGAAAAACAGCUCCUAUCUCCAGGCCAUUAGACUGUUAGUCACCACUAGCCGGCCUCCGCCCAGUACCCUGCCCUGAACCUUAGUCACCGUUACUAGCAGGCUACCACCCGGUACUCAACCCUGCACCUUAGAGACUGCUGCCCUAUGUACAUAGUCAUACACUGGUCACUUUAAUAUGAAUAAUUAAUAAUUAUUACAUACUGUUUUACCCACUUCAUAUGUAUAUACUGUAUUCUAGUCAAGGCUCAUCCUAUAUAACUGCUGCUGUACACACCUUUUUAUAUUCAUAUACUGUCCAUAAUGUCUAUACACACCACCAUAUACAUAUAUAUUUAUAUUCCGGACUCUGACACUGCUCGUUCUAAUAUUUAUAUAUUUAUUAAUUCCCACGAUAACAUCUGCAUAAUAUGUGUACGUGACCAAUAACAUUUGAUUUGAUUUAAAGAGUUAGACUAGAAUACAGUAAGUGUGCUUUUUCUAUGUCAACAAAUGAAUAACCUCUCUGUCUUCUUGACACAUACUCCAGGACAGCCAUUAUAUGAAUCACCCUGACCCUCUUCUUUAUCUUGACCAAUCUACAACAGCACUUUUGUUCUGAGUGUUUUUAGGGGCUGUAUGUACUUUAUAGGCUGCUCAAGGCUUAGGCUACUUACUGUAUGUAUCAGGCAGUAUUUUAGUGUUUGCCCAUGUGUUAUAUUUUUCUUUUGUUUGAUUUAAUCAACCACUGUUCUUUUACAGGAGGUGGUGGCAACAGAAAAGGAAAAAGCAAGAAAUGGAAACAGAUGCUUCAGUUUCCCCACAUCAGCCUGUGUGAGGAGCUCCGGCAAACUACAGGUAUGCUUCCUCUCCUCUCCUCUGCUUGCUAGCCCAUUGAUAGAUAUACUGAACAAAAAUAUAAACGCAACACACAGAAAGCGCCACAGGUCCUAAUCCAGGCACUUGUCAUCUCCCGUCUGGAUUACUGCAACUCGCUGUUGGCUGGGCUCCCUGCCUGUGCCAUUAAACCCUUACAACUUAUCCAGAACGCUGCAGCCCGUCUGGUGUUCAACCUUCCCAAGUUCUCUCAUGUCACCCUGCUCCUCCGCACACUCCACUGGCUUCCAGUUGAGGCUCACAUCUACUACAAGACCAUGGUGCUUGCCUACGGAGCUGUGAGGGGAACGGCACCUCCUUACCUUCAGGCUCUGAUCAGACCCUACACCCAAACGAGGGCACUACGUUCAUCCACCUCUGGCCUGCUAGCCCCCCUACCUCUACGGAAGCACAGUUCCCGCUCAGCCCAGUCAAAGCUAUUCACUGCUCUGGCACCCCAAUGGUGGAACAAGCUCCCCCACGACGCCAGGACAGUGGAGUCACUGACCACCUUCCGGAGACACUUGAAACCCUACCUCUGUCCAUAUUAAAGCGUUGCUCUGCCUUCUUAACAACACUAUCAACAAGGCAGGUCCUACAGGCCCUAGUUUUGUCACACCUGGACUACUGUUCAGUCAUGUGGUCAGGUGCUACAAAGAGGGACUUAGGAAAAUUACAAUUGGCUCAUUUACAGGGCAGCACGACUGGCCCUUAAAUGUACACAGAGAGCCAAUAUUAAUAAUAUGCAUGUCAAUCUCUCAUGGCUCAAAGUGGAGGAGAGAUUGACUUCAUCACUACUUGUUUUUGUAAGAAGUGUUGACAAGCUGAAUGCACCAAGCUGUCUGUUUAAACUACUAGCACACAGCUCAGACACCCAUACAUACCCCACAAGACAUGCCACCAGAGGUCUCUUCACAAUCACCAAGUCCAGAACAGACUAUGGGAGGUGCAGAGUACUACAUAGAGCCAUGACUACAUGGAACUCUAUUCCACAUCAGGUAACUGAUGCAAGAAUCAGAUUUAAAAAAACAGAUAAAAACACACCUUAUGGAACAGCAGAGACUGUGAAGAGACACACACACAGGUACAGACACAUGCUAGCACACGCACUCUACACACAUGUACAUUGUAAUAUUGUUGUAUGGUGGUAUUAUACAUUUUGUAUUAUAGAUAUGUAGUAGUGUAAUAAUGUUAUAUGAUGUACUGUUUUAUAUUUUGUUUUAUGUGUGAUGUAAGUGCCUUAAUGUCUUUGGACCCCAGGAAGAGUAGCUAAUGGGGUCCCCUAAUAAAUACAAAUACAAAAUUGCAUGCUCCCUCAACUUGAGACAUCUGUGGCAUUGUGUUGUGUGACAAAACUGCACAUUUUAGUGGCAUUUUAUUGUCCCCAGCACGAGGUGCACCUCUGUAAUGAUCAUGCUUUUGAAUCAGCUUCUUGAUAUGCCACACCUGUCAGGUGGAUGGAUUACCUUGGCAAAGGAGAAAUGCUCACUAACAGGGAUGUAAACAAAUUAGUGCACAACAUUUUAGAGAAAUAAGCUUUUUGUGUGUUUGGAAAAUUUCUGGGAUCUUUUAUUUCAGCUCAGGAAACAUGGGACCAACACUUUACAUGUUGCGUUUAUAUUUUUGUUCACUGUAAAUUCGUAGUAAAAGUCCAAACACGAGGGAAAAGCUGCACUCCACACUCAAAUACAGUGUCUUCAGGAAGUAUUCACACCCAUUUACUUUUUCCACAUUUUGUUGUGUUAUAGCCUGAAUUUAAAAUGGAUUACACACAAUACCCCAUAAUGUCAAAGGGGAUUUCUUUUUUUACACAUUAAUUAAAAAUGAAAAGCUGACAUGUCUUGAGUCAAUAAGUCUUCAACCCCUUUGUUAUGGUAAGUCUAAAUAAAUUCAGGAGUAAAUAUUUGCUUAACAACUCACAUAAUAAGUUUCAUGCAUUCACUCUGUGUGCAAUAAUAGUGUUUAGCAUGAUUUUUGAAUGACUACCUCAUCUCUGUACCCCACACAUACAAUUAUCUGAAAGGUCCCUCAGUCGAGCAGUGAAUUUCAAACAGAGAUUCAACCACAAAGACCACAGAGGUUUUCCAAUGCCUCGCAAAGAAGGGCACCUAUUGGUAGAUGGAUACAAAUAAAAAAAAGCAGACAUUGAAUAUCCCUUUGAGCAUGGUGAAGUUAUUAAUUACACUUUGGAUGGUGUAUCAAUACACCCAGUCACUACAAAGAUACAGGCGUCCUUCCUAACUCCGUUGAUAGAGAGGAAGCAAACCGCUCAGCGAUUUCAACAUGAGGCCAAUGGUGACUUUAAAACAGUUACAUAGUUUAUUGGCUGUGAUAGGAGAAAACUGAGGAUGGAUCAACGUAAUUGUAGUUACUCCACAAUAUUAACCUAAUUGACAGAGUGAAAAGAAGGAAGUCUGUACAGAAUAAAAAUAUUCCAAGGGGUCAAGGGGUAUGAAUACUUUCUGAAGGCACUGUAAGAGGUGGAAAAGUCCCACAAAACUACAGUGGGGAAAAAAGUAUUUAGUCAGCCACCAAUUGUGCAAGUUCUCCCACUGAAAAAUAUGAGAGAGGCCUGUAAUUUUCAUCAUAGGUACACGUCAACUAUGACAGACAAAAUGAGAAAGAAAAUUCCAGAAAGUCACAUUGUAGGAUUUUUAAUGAAUUUAUUUGCAAAUUAUGGUGGAAAAUAAGUAUUUGGUCAAUAACAAAAGUUUCUCAAUACUUUGUUAUAUACCCUUUGUUGGCAAUGACACAGGUCAAACAUUUUUCUGUAAGUCUUCACAAGGUUUUCACACACUGUUGCUGGUAUUUUGGCCCAUUCCUCCAUGUAGAUCUCCUCUAGAGCAGUGAUGUUUUGGGGCUGUCGCUGGGCAACACAGACUUUCAACUCCCUCCAAAGAUUUUCUAUGGGGUUGAGAUCUGUAGACUGACUAGGCCACUCCAGGACCUUGAAAUGCUUCUUACGAAGCCACUCCUUCGUUGCCCGGGCGGUGUGUUUGGGAUCAUUGUCAUGCUGAAAGACCCAGCCACGUUUCAUCUUCAAUGCCCUUGCUGAUGGAAGGAGGUUUUCACUCAAAAUCUCACGAUACAUGGCCCCAUUCAUUAUUUCCUUUACACGGAUCAGUCGUCCUGGUCCCUUUGCAGAAAAACAGCCCCAAAGCAUGAUGUUUCCACCCCCAUGCUUCACAGUAGGUAUGGUGUUCUUUGGAUGCAACUCAGCAUUCUUUGUCCUCCAAACACGACGAGUUGAGUUUUUACCCAAAAGUUAUAUUUUGGUUUCAUCCGACCAUAUGACAUUCUCCCAAUCCUCUUCUGGAUCAUCCAAAUGCACUCUAGCAAACUUCAGACGGGCCUGGACAUAUACUGGCUUAAGCAGGGGGACACGUCUGGCACUGCAGGAUUUGAGUCCCUGGCGGCGUAGUGUGUUACUGAUGGUAGGCUUUGUUACUUUGGUCCCAGCUCUCUGCAGGUCAUUCACUAGGUCCCCCCGUGUGGUUCUGGGAUUUUUGCUCACCGUUCUUGUGAUCAUUUUGACCCCACGGGGUGAGAUCUUGCGUGGAGCCCCAGAUCGAGGGAGAUUAUCAGUGUAUGUCUUCCAUUUCCUAAUAAUUGCUCCCACAGUUGAUUUCUUCAAACCAAGCUGCUUACCUAUUGCAGAUUCAGUCUUCCCAGCCUGGUGCAGGUCUACAAUUUUGUUUCUGGUGUCCUUUGACAGCUCUUUGGUCUUGGCCAUAGUGGAGUUUGGAGUGUGACUGUUUGAGGUUGUGGACAGGUGUCUUUUAUACUGAUAACAAGUUCAAACAGGUGCCAUUAAUACAGGUAACGAGUGGAGGACAGAGGAGCCUCUUAAAGAAGAAGUUACAGGUCUGUGAGAGCCAGAAAUCUUGCUUGUUUGUAGGUGACCAAAUACUUAUUUUCCACCAUAAUUUGCAAAUAAAUUCAUUAAAAAUCCUACAAUGUGACUUUCUGGAAUUUUCUUUCUCAUUUUGUCUGUCAUAGUUGACGUGUACCUAUGAUGAAAAUUACAGGCCUCUCUCAUAUUUUUCAGUGGGAGAACUUGCACAAUUGGUGGCUGACUAAAUACUUUUUUCCCCACUGUAUAACUAGAGGCUGAGAUUGAAGUUUGUCCACUGUAGGUCUGGGAAGGGGGAUACUUAGUCAGUUGCAAAACUGACUGCAUUCAACCGAAAUGUUUAUUCCGCAUUUAACCCAACCCCUCUGAAACAGAGAGGUGCGAGGGGCUGCCUUAAUCGACGUCAUCGGCGCCCAGGGAGCAGUUGUUGUUGGGGGUUAUGCCUUGCCCAAGGGCAGAACGGCAGAUUUUUACAGCUUGCCAGCACGGGGAUUCGGUUACUGACCCUUAACCGCUAGGCUACCUGCCGCCCAGACACUGUGGUCUGACAGAAGUCAAGGUGGGGUAGGUGAUGACGGACUGUGUUAUGUUAUGAAGUAGUCUGAUGGCAGUUGGCCAUACAGUGCUUUCAAUGGUGGAGGAAAUCCCCACCCCAUCCCCUCAAGACAAGAAGUAUACUGUAUGUAUAAUUUAGUACAGUUGGAAUGCAGGCCUGUAUAAUAUGCGUCAAUUAUCCUAUUAUCUAAUCAGGAGUCAUUAUUCAAUCAUCCCAUUAUUUCCUUAGGAAGUACAUUAGUUAUUGGCUAUUUUGUGCACAAAGAAACAUACAGUAUAUUUGCAUUGUGUUUAUGGCGAUUGACAAUCUUAUAUAUGUGGCUGGUACUGCUGGUGGUGGUUAGGAGUUGUUGAACAUGGAGUCACACCAAUGCGGAUCAGCUAACUGCACAGUAUUUUGUAAUCAUGGGGCUUGCAUUGUAUCCUGUGAAACACGUGAAUGAUGAAGAUAGGCUGCUGUGGUAACUUUAGUUUUUCUGUUUUCCGAUAUUUUAGAGGCAUUGUCGGCAGCUUUUCUACUGCGGCACAGAGAGGGUUUAUAAAUCCCUCUCAUCCAUUGCUCUCUCAGAUGGAUGAUUGUGAAGUGAAUCCUGUUUAAGCUGUAAAUGCUGAGUGCAUUUUAUCAUUGGCUUCAGCCAUGAACCAGAGGCAGACAUAAUGUAACUGUGCUUCUAUUUUACCACAGAGGAAGCUGUGGCCUGGGCAGAAAGAGGAAGCUGACUCGCAUGUUUGUUUGAAUUCACUCUUUUCACUCAUUUUGCCGUUCAAAAAGAAAAUGGUGACAAAUGUUUAUAGGUCACUGGUUUGGAACACAAAGUAGACACAGUUUUGCUGUGAGAUCUCACUAAUGAUAAUUGACAUUUCUUACUAUGUAGACGGUAGAAAAUAUAUAUUUGUUGCAUAUUUGAGUGUUUGUUCUGCAGCAGGUCUAAGAGAUUGCAUUAGUUUCAUACAAAACACAAUCUAAAGGAAAGUAACACAAUUAAAUAUAAGUGGAAGCUCAAAGCCCAAACUUUAGGAUGAGAUGGCUGUUUUCAAGGCUGUCGUUACAGUAUUUAGCCUACAUCCAGUUUGGGGCAUUGUUACAACACCACGUUGACACCAUUGUGAUUGUGGCUCCUCUUCCUAGUUCUUAUCCAUUUUGUUCAUAAGAGUAGAACGAUUGUAUGGAUUUGAGCCCAAUUUCUGAGAAUAGGCUACUUUCCUCCAUUGGUCAGGGUGAAACAGUAGGUUGGGAGGUGGUGGUGAACAAAGAAAGAAAAUAAACGAUUAAGGUUAAAGGACAUCAUAUGAUUUCCCCAUUAUCGUGAUUUAUCUCCAUAAGGCAGGAGAUUAGGUUGAGAUGCAUAUCAUUGGGCUGAGGCUCCUGGCCAAGGGCCUUUUGGGUUAUGACUCCAGCUCCUAUGGUGGCCUUCCAUACAUACAAUAGACACAUUGAUUGUUCCCAAGUCUUUAAAAAUAUAUUUUUUCACCCUGAGGCUUUGAACAAAUGUAUUUUUAAUAUUUGUAUUUUUUGCAGUGCUUUCUGUCCUGAAGCUACAACCGCUAGAUCUACAAGGCCAGGCUGGCUUCUAGGCCUAUAUCUCAGCCUUGGCAGACAGUGUUGCUGUGCUGAAUUGUGGGAAUGGUGGUGGUAGAAAACAUGCGGGUGAAGUAGUCUUGAGUCUGUAGUGGUGUAUUGUUCACUUAUGUUGCACUAAUGUUAAUUAGCAAUUGCGCUAACGCUAGUUAGCAACUUCCUUCAAACUGCACGCAGAGACAUAUAAAAGUUCAUCUGACUCUGGGAAAGUAGAUUCAUUGCCAAAAUCUCAAAGUAUCCCUUUUAAUGUAGAGAUCACCCACAUGAAAAAAUACUAUGGUAUACUAUGGUUAAAUAUUUACUGUAGUAUUCACUGUAGUGUUUUUGCAAGCUAAAGUCUACAAAAACACUACAGUGAAUACUGUAGUAUUUACUGUUGCUUUGCGGACAUACAGUGCCCUCAGAAAGUAUUCAUACCCCUUGACUUAUUCCACAUUUUGUUGUUACAGCCUGAAUUCAAGAUGGAUUCAAUAUUUUUUUUUCUCACCCAUCUACACAAAAUACCCCUUAAUGACAGUGAAAAUGUGUUUUUAGAAUUUGUUGCAAAUGUAUUGAAAAUUAAAUACAGAAAUAUUUCAUUUACAUAAGUAUUCACACCCCUGAAUCAAUACAUGUUAGAAUCACCUUUGGCAGCGUUUAUAAUUGUGUGUCUUUCAGGGUAAGUCUAUAAGAGCUUUGCACACCUGGAUUUUACAAUAUUUGCCCAUUCAAGCUUUAUCAUAUUGGUUGUUGAUCAUUGCUAGCCAACCAUUUUCAAGUUUUGCCAUAGAUUUUCAAGCAGAUUUAAGUCAAAACUGUAACUCGGCAACUUGGGAACAUUAACUGUCUUCUUGGUAAGCAACUCAACUGGUAAGCAGAUUUGGCCUUGUUUUAGGUUAUUGUACUGCUGAAAGGUGAAUUAAUCUCCCAGUGUGUCACGUUCGUUCAAGGACGGGUCAGACCAGGGUGCAGCGUGAUAUGCGUACAUGUUUAUUCAACUUAAUAAACACACGACAAAACAAUAAACGAAACGAAACGUGAAGUCUUAAGGUAGACACACAACAAACCUUAACCGGAACAAGAUCCCACAACUCAAUAGUGCCAAUAGGCUGCCUAAGUAUGGACCCCAAUCAGAGACAACGAACGACAGCUGCCUCUGAUUGGGAACCACACCGGCCAACAUAGAACUAUACAUACUAGAUCCCACAUAGAAAAUACUACAUAACAAAGAAGAUACACACCCUGACUCAACAUAUACGAGUCCCCUGAGUCAGGGCGUGACAGUGCCCCCCCCCCCCCCCCCCAAAGGUGCGGACUCCGACCGCACAACCUUCACAUACCAGGGUAGGGGCCGGGUGGGCAUUCCGCCUCGGAGGCGGAUCCGGCUCCGGGCGUGACGACCACACCCUCUCCGCCUCCCUGUUGCGCCCCUGGUCUGGUCUGGAUCUCGGCGCGCUGCUUCCCCUCCUUCCUCCCACGAUACUCCAGGCCCUGUCUGGACCCUGGUGUGGGAGACCCCGAACCUGGAGAGGGGCUGACGUCAUGGUCUGGACUGGAGCUGCUGACCGGAGCUGGACCAGACGCCGGUGGAGCGGACUGCUCAGGCUCCGGACUGGAGCCGCUGACCGGAGCUGGACUAGGCACCGGUGGAGCGGACUGCUCUUGCUCCGGAGUGGAGCAGCUGACCGGAGCUGGAUCAGGCACCGGUGGAGCGGACUGCUCUGGCUCCGGAGUGGAGCAGCUGACCGGUGCCGGACCAGGCACCGGUGGAACGGGCACGGGCCGUGCCGGACUGGACACACGCACCACUGGUCUGGGGCGAGGAGCAGGCACGGGCCGGACCGGACUUGGUGCGAGGAGCAGGAACGGGCCGGGCCGGACUGGCGACACGCACCACUGGCUUGGUGCGAGGAGCAGGAACAGGCCGGGCCGGACUGUGGAGGCGGACUGGAGGUCUGGAGCGGAGAGCUGACACAACCCGUCCUGGCUGAAUGCCUACUUCCGCACAGUAUAUGUGAGGCAUCAGCACAGGACGCACUGGGCUGUGUACGCGCACUGGCGAUACAGUUCGUAGAACUGGCGCAGGAUAUGCAGGACUGAGGAGGCGUACUGGAGACCAGGAGCGUUGAGCCGGCACACCCCUUCCUGGCUGGAUGCCCAUCUUCGCACGGCACGUGCGUGGUGCAAGCACAGGACGUACAGGACUGUGCCGGCGCACUGGCGACACAGUACUUAGCUCCGCAUAACACGGAGCCUGCCCAGUCAUACGCUUCCUCGCGUGAGUACGGGGAGUUGGCUCUGCUCUGACACUAGGCUCCGCCAACCACCCCGUGUGCCCCCCCAAUUUUUUUUGGGGGGGCUGCUUCUCAGGCUUCCUCCUCGACCGGCCUCCUCCGUGUUGCCGUUGCUCCUCUCCUGCCUGGGCAUCUACCUUAGCCCAUGGUCCUCUCCCCGCAAAUAUCUCUUCCCAUGACCACAAAUUGCCCACCAGUGACAUGGCUAUUCGCUCCGCCUGGGCACGCUGCUUGGUCCUCGUUUGGUGGGAUCUUCUGUCACGUUCGUUCAGGACAAAAUGUUAAUUGUUUUGCCACAUUUUUUUGCAGUAUUACUUUAGUGCCUUGUUGCAAACAGGAUGCAUGUUUUGGAAUAUUUUUAUUCUGUACAGGCUUCCUUCAUUUCACUCUGUCAACUAGGUUAGUAUUGUGGAGUAACUACAAUGUUGUUGAUCCAUCCUAAAUGUUCUCCUAUCACAGCUAUUAAACUCUGUAACUGUCUUUAAGUCACCAUUGGUCUCAUGAUGAAAUCCCUGAGGGGUUUCCUUCCUAUCCGGCAACUGAGUUAGGAAGGACGCCUGUAUCUUUUUAGUGACUGGGUGUAUUGAUACACCAUCCAAAAUGUAAUCAAUAAUUUCACCAUGCUCAAAGGGAUAUUCACUGUCUGCUUUUUUUUUGUUUACCGAUCUACCAAUAGGGGCCCUUCUAUGCGAGGCAUUGCAAAACCUCCCUGGUCUUUGUGGUUGAAUCUGUGUUUGAAUUUCACUGCUCGACUGAGGGACCUUACAGAUAAUUGUAUGUGUGGGGUACAGAGAUGAGGUAGUCAUUCAAACAUCAUGUUAAACACUAUUAUUGCACACGGAGUGAGUCCAUGCAACUUAUUAUGUGACUUGUUAAGCACAUUUUUACUCCUGAAUUUAUUUAGGCUUGCCAUAACAAAGGGGUUGAAUACUUAUUGACUCAAGACAUUUCAGUUUUUCAUUUUGAAUAAUGUGUAAAAAAAAAUCAACAUAAUUCCACUUUGACAUUAUGGUGUGUAGGCCAGUGACACAAAAUCUCAAUUUCAUAUAUAUUUAGAAUUCAGGCUAUAACAUGUCAAAAUGUAGAAAAAGUCAAGGGGUGUGAAUACUUUCUGAAGGCACUGUACACACAGUACAGCAUAGGGCAUCAUUACAGGCCUGAGUGGAUGACAUGUGGAUAUCUCUCAUUGUUCACUGGUGUUUACCCUCACCAGAUGCUGUCUGAUACACAGUGACAGAGAGAGAGCCACCUCCACCUGAGAUUGUGCGGGAUAAACACAGACAGGCGGCCGAGCACCAACUCAAACAAAUCUUGUCUAGAAAGAGAAAGAGAGAGAGAGAGGGGCACAGGAAACCCUCAACUUCCGUGUUUACCGGCGAGGCGAGGCCUGACAGAGAAAGAUAGUCUGAUGCCCUCUGGAGAAAACCCAUGCACACCCCCAGUUUAUUUUUGUGUCCUUCCACUCUCCCAGGAAACUAACGCGAAAGGCACUGACUGAAAUGACGUUUCUCAUUUCCGAAAUGACUCAGCCAUUUAGAAAGGCCCAGCCCGCCCCUCUUCCUCUCCCCACUGCACGGCCUGUAGUGGCCAUCCAAUCGUCCAGCAGUCAAUAAAGCUUUGUGCACUCUCUGUAACUGUUAAUGAGCGCUGGCUUCAGGUUUACCAUACUGCCGCCUGCGCUCUCUGCCUCCCUCCUCUCUCCAUACAUUUGACUCUGUUAUCAGAGAAUUGCCCCCAUUGAUAGUCAGAGCAGCAAGCAGAGAGAGGAGAUGGAACAAGGCAGAGUGCAGUAUCAGGCUAUCAGCCCCAAUGCAAUAUGCCGCAGAAUCCAAAUAGCUUACUGUUUUAAUGGCUGUGAUCUUGUGGGAUGAAUUUCACAAUUGAAACAUCACUACACAGUUUUUAAGAGCCCAUCGUUGAUGUAAACAUGAAGCCGGUGGAAUCAAGUUUAUACUCUUUGAAUUGAUUAAAUUACACCAAAUGCAGUGAUGAAUUUCAAUUCUCCUCUCAAUCUUCUGACUCACAUUUUAGUUGAGUCAGGUGGUCUUGUAGCAGGGCCAAAAACCAUCUAUCCAUUGAAAGCAACAAUAGAUGUGAAAAAGGCCAGGGCUCAGAGGGGGAUCUACAUGAUCUCUUCCAACUAUCUUACUGUCAAUAGAGCCUCUGUCAGGGGCUGAAUUAAAUUGCAUUGUGGCUAAUUCGAUUAUCUCUAUGAAACGGCCAUUAGGGGUUCAAAUCUUGUUUUGUCCUCCUCAUCGUUCCAUUGUAGAACCCAAUCAGAGACCACUAGCAUAGGCCACUGACAGAGCACAUAGGGCCCUAUAGAUACACAACAGAACCACAACAACCGACAGCUCAUGAGCAUGUAUCAAAAUGAUUUAGUGGAAAGACAUGGGUAGUUCUACUGUUGUUGUCACGAUCGUCUAACAGAGAUGAGGACCAAGGCGCAGCGUUGCAGGCAAACAUACUCUUUAUUAGAGACACGAUCAAAAACAACAAAACGAUAACGUGACAGUUCACGGUCUAACACAACAGACUAGAAACAAGAUCCCACAAACUCUGUGGGGAAACAGGCUGCUAAAGUAUGGUUCUCAAUCAGAGACAACAAGCAACAGCUGAAUCACGUUGCCUCUGAUUGAGAACCACACUGGCCAACAUAGAACAACAAUCCUAGAAAUGAAACCUAGAACAAAACACAUAGACUUUACACACCCUGGCUCAACAUAUUAGAGUCCCCAGAGCCAGGGCGUGACAGUACCCCCCCCUAAAGGCGCGGACUCCGACCGCGCCCACCAAAUACCACAGGGGAGGGACCGGGUGGGCACUCCGCUUAGGCGGCGGAUCCGGCUCCGGGCCUGAUCCCCGCUCCAACCCCCCAAAGUACCCCUGGUCCGGUCUGGCCCCGCUGGCCGGAGCUGGACUGCACACUGGUGGAGCGGAUUGCUCUAGCUCCGGCGUGAAGCAUCUGACCGGUGCCGGACCAGCCACCGGUGGAACAGGCACGGGCCGUGCCGGACUGACGACGCACACCACUGGCUUGGUGUGGGGAGCAGGAGCGGGCCGAGCCGGGCUGACGAAACGCACCACUGACUUGGUGCGGGGAGCAGGAGCGGGCCGGACCGGGCUGACGAAGCGCACCACUGACUUGGUGCGGGGAGCAGGAACGGGCCGUGCCGGGCUGACGAAGCGCACCACUGACUUGGUGCGGGGAGCAGGAAUGGGCCGGACCGGGCUGACGACGCGCACCACUGACUUGGUGCGGGGAGCAGGAACGGGCCGGACAGGGCUGACGAAACGCACCACUGACUUGGUGCGGGGAGCAGGGAUGGGCCGGACUGGGCUGGCGACGCGCACCACAGACUUGGUGCGGGGAGCAGGAACGGGCCGGGCCGAGCUGGCGACGCGCACCGUAGACUUGGUGCGAGUGGCAGGAACAGGCCGGACCGUACUGGGAACACACACCACUGGCCCUACGUGGGGAUCAGGAACAGGCCGGACCGGACUGGCAACACACGCCAGUACCUCUCGCCGUGCCUCUACAUCCUCCUUCCCCCUGGUGACCAGUGACUCCCGUAACCUGGCGGCCUCCUGCUGCCCCGUCGUCCACGGCGUUAGCCCCCCCCUAAAAAAUGUAUGGGCUUCACUCCUACCCGUGGACCAGGUCUCCAUGCUUCUCGCCAGCCUUUCGCCCUUCUGCCUCCACGUCAAGCCCCUCUCUUCCUCACAUGGCUUGACCCAGUCGAGGAGGCGAAGGAGAUCCGCUAGAGAUCUCUCAGGCGCUGGCUCCUGGACUUGCUGCUUGGUCCAGUCUUGGUGGGAUCUUCUGUCACGAUCGUCUAACAGAGAUGAGGACCAAGGCGCAGCGUUGCAGGCAAACAUACUCUUUAUUAGAGACACGAUCAAAAACAACAAAACGAUAACGUGACAGUUCACGGUCUAACACAACAGACUAGAAACAAGAUCCCACAAACUCUGUGGGGAAACAGGCUGCUAAAGUAUGGUUCUCAAUCAGAGACAACAAGCAACAGCUGAAUCACGUUGCCUCUGAUUGAGAACCACACUGGCCAACAUAGAACAACAAUCCUAGAAAUGAAACCUAGAACAAAACACAUAGACUUUACACACCCUGGCUCAACAUAUUAGAGUCCCCAGAGCCAGGGCGUGACAGUUGUAGUGACAUUAAAGGGCAAAUCUGUAAUUUGAUCGUAGACAAAUAAGACAUUAUAGACCCAAAUAAGAAAAGCAUGUUGCUAAAUUAGUCUGCAACAUGAUUUUAACCUUAGGGUGCAUCACUGGACAUCUCUACAGUAUUAUCGCAUAACAGAAUUAAACUAAAUGAAUUAAGUUAUAAAUAAACUUAAAUGAAUUUCAUUAAGGCACAGUAGAGCUUUUGCGUUUGAGUAGAGAGCAUGUAAGGUAACUUACAGCACAUAUAGGCCUAACACCUCCAAAACGAUGUAUGCUCCUGAAAAAUACCAAAGGAUGUUCUCCUUUAGCGUAUUCAGAGAAUGGAAAAGGAACAUUCUCUGCCGUUGUCUUUAUGAACAGCUAGCUAUAACUGUGUGCAUGUGCACAUGCGCUGGUAUGUGUCUACAGCUGCUCUCUGGUUACCGAGACGAGCUUGGAUCAGCUCUCAAUGUAUUUAGUCAUGGUUGCUAUCAAUAUCGGCCACCUACACACAUCCUCCUGGAUCCAUCAUACAGCCUCCUGGGUCUCAUUUGUGUCUACCUGAGCCACAGAUGCAAAUCGCAGUUUCCUUCUGGCAAUUUGUUGUUCACCAGACACACACACACAUACGCUAAAGAGGAAAUGGGGCCUAAUAACUUGGAUACAUACAUACAUCUAGAAUACCUCUAUAUAUUACUGUUUACACGUGUGAAGAGAUGAUGGACCAUUUCUGUUUUGUUUACGUAGUUGAAGAUGAGAUUGUGCUGUGUGUUUUGGGUACGUUUAGGCAUAAUUCAUUAACAUUUCUCCGCCUACAGAGGGUAGUGUUAGGCAGAGGUGUGUGGGAAUAGUUUACAUUUACAUUUUAGUCAUUUAGCAGACGCUCUUAUCCAGAGCAACUUACAGGAGCAAUUAGGGUUAAGUGCCUUGCUCAAGGGCACAUCGACAGAUUUUUCACCUAGUCGGCUCUGGGAUUAGAACCAGCGACCUUUCGGUUACUGGCACAACGCUCUUAACCACUAAGCUACCUGCCGCCUAGUUUGAUACCAUAGUACUCAUACAUUUGCUAAUAUGCUCUGUGUGUGUAUACAAUGUGUUUUAAGUGCACAAAUGCCUUUGAGUAGGUGUGAGCACGUGUAUUAUGCACAGUAUAUAUUUGUUUAUUUUGUUUGUGUACAUCAGCCUGACUUCUAAUGUGUGUUUUUGUGCUCAAGUGUUUUCAUUCUACCCUGAGAGAGGCCCUUAUUGACUCCCUCUCUGUCCUGUCUUGUGUCCUUCAACAGAGAAAGACUACAUCGGCCUUUGUGAGCGGCAGCCAAUCGGACGCACGCUCUUUCGGCAGUUCUGUGAAACCCGGGCUGAGCUGAGGCGCUGUGUCAAAUUCCUGGACGCUGUGGUAAGAAAGACAGACAGGCAGGAUUAAAACGCUUGUGUUUGUUUUUCCUCAAGAUGCACAUCUUCAGAAGGACUCUGAACGAGCUUGUCUAGAUGUAUCUCAAGUUCUCUAGUAUUAGGGGGAAGGGUAGGAGGGGAGGGUAGGAGGGGAGGGUAGGAGGGAAGGGGAGGGUAGGAGGGGAGGGGAGGGUAGGAGGGGAGGGUAGGAGGGAAGGGGAGGGUAGGAGGGAAGGGGAGGGGAGGGGAGGGGAGGAAAGUGAGGGGAGUGAGGAGGAGGAGGGUAGGAGGGGAGGGAAGGAGAGGAGGGGAGGGUAGGAGGGGAGGGUAGGAGGGGAGGGAAGGGAAGGAGAGGAGAGGGUGGGAGGGGAGGAGAGGAGAGGAGAGGAGAGGAGAGGAGGGGAGGAGAGGAGGGGAGGGUAGGAGGGAAGGGAAGGAGAGGAGGGGAGGGUAGGAGGGGAGGGAAGGAGAGGAGGGACGGGAGAGGAGGGGAGGGUAGGAGGGGAGGGAAGGAGAGGAGGGGAGGGUAGGAGGGAAGGGAAGGAGAGUAGGGGAGGGUAGGAGGGGAGGGUAGGAGGGGAGGGAGUGGGUAGGAGGGGAGGGAAGGAGGGAAGAGUAGUAGCUAAUGAAAUACAGGAACUCUUGACUUCUGGGAGCAAAGUCAGUAUACCACCCUCCGCUGCCCCCUCCCCCUCCUCUUCUUUCUCAGUGAAUGUGCCCCACACUACGCUCUUGGUGGUGUUCUUACCACCCAGUCCCAGUGGGGGUAGAGGGGGGGGGGGGGGGGGGGGGGGGGGGGGGCAGUGUUGGAUAGUGACAGGGGAGAGGGGUAGCCUACCAGGGUGUUGUUCAGAGCCCCCUCCUGAUGACUCAAUGAUAAACCUGAACUUCCUCUCUCCACCCUGGCUGACCCCUGUGGCAUUGUGUGGCAUUCUUCUAACAUACUGUUCUGGAGCACAGAUAUACAUAUACACACACCACACACUCACUCCUGCAUGCAUGCAGUCACACACACUCAGUCAUGACCUAUCCACUUUAUCUCCUUCCCUCUAACACAUUAUAACUGUUGAUCUGAGGAGUGUUGUUGUAGCUAGAUCCUCUCUGGUUUAUUAACAAAUGCAAAAGCCUACAAGUAGAAAAAGGCUUAAUAGGAGGAUGCUACUAGCACAGUGAAUAUAGUCAAUGGAAGUAGAAUGAUGAAUAGAUGGCUGAAUUUGUGAAAUAAGAGAUAGCAGACAGUCUUCUCCAACUUCAAAGUAGUGAGCACGUCCUUUUACUGCACUGUCUCCUUCCUCCCUCUCACGGAGUCUGGGCUACAUGAGAAAGAGAGCAAAUGAGAUUUGAACCGUCUGAACAGUCACUAACCAUUAUGGACAAGUAGUGCUGAGAGUCCAGCGGACGCAUUUUAGAGUGAGGCUCUUAGCUUACUGUAAGUCAUGUUGCUGGAGGGAGGGUGGAGGACGGCAUGACACAAGGGCCUGAUUCUGUUGUACUUGGCAGGAUUCAGGAAUCAACAAUCCAGAGAGAACUAUGAAUCAAAAUGGUGGUUAGGAGUGGGACCCAGGCGAGUGGCUCUGUAGAACUGUGCUGUAGUGUACUAGGGAGGUACUUACAGUAGGCCUGGGUCGUGUUCAGUAGGCAUGAAGCAAUAAAAAAAUGAAAUAAACAAUGUUCUUAUUGGUAAUAACUCUUCCGAUUCAAAACGUAGUCUUCUAUUUCAUGCCGGUUUCUCCUGUUUCAUGCCUACUGCAGUGAUUUGGUAACGUGGUUCUAGUACCAUUAGAGGUUGUACAGAAAGUACUGUGAUUGUAGGCUACUAGCUAUAGUGGAAAAGGUAGAACUGACCUGUUGGAGCAGAUGUCACUGUACAGGUGUGUGCGUGUGCCCGUGCGUCUGUUUGAAUAAUGUGUUACUGUUUCUUUCCCCCACAGGCAGAGUAUGAGGUCAGUCCAGAUGAGAAGAGGAGGGAGUGUGCUCAGGAGCUCCUAGACAGGUACUUCAGCCCAAAGGUACAGUAGAAUAACCUAUUCUCAGGCAAUGAGUGAUUUGUGGUCAAAUAUUCAAUAAUUGAGGUUGGUGUGGUUUCCCAGACCCAGAUUAAACCUAUUCCUGGACUAAAAAUCACUUUCAAUUGAGAUAUUCCAUCGAGCACGCUUUUUAAUCCAGGAGUGGGCUUAAUCUGGGCCUAUGAUGUCAUAUAUACGUAAUUCACGUUGUAUUGUGUUCCAUCGCCCUGUAGUCAGAGGAUCACGUUCCUGAGUUGGGGGAGGACAUGGUGGGUCAGUUUACAGAGAGGCUGGAGCAGGAGCCCUGUAAAGAACUCUUCAACGAGUGCACCAAGUGAGUCUGUCUGUCAAUACAGAAACACAGUCACAGAGAAUAUGCUAACAUACAGUACUUACUCAGCAUAUGGGAUGUAUUCAAGAUCAGAAAAGGUAGAUAUUUUAAGAUAAUUUCACCAUUAUUCAACAAAGGUAGUCAGUUAAGAAUAAAGGGUAAUUUUCAGUGAUGAGAUAUGCCCAGAGACAGAAUCUCUGAAUUUUCUUAUAAACUGUCUACUGCAUUGUGCAACAUCCUCUGAACAGUUGUCCACACGUGUUGUAUGGGCGUGUCAAUAGCAUGUUGAGGGUAUGUGGUUGCUGAUGAAUACUGUUCUAAUUAAUCACCCCUAGCCACUUCAAUCACCCGCCAUUCCGUUCAGCAACGUUUCUAUUUUUGAACGUUCUCACAACUGUUCCAACAACACUACGACCCUGAACAGACCCUUUCUGUCAUUCCUGCCUCUGGUUGUGGUUAAUGAAUGUUUAGAUGUGAGCUGAUGUUUGGGGUAUAGUAGUCAGAGAGAUGGACCCAUGGCGUAGCAGCAUGGGACAUGUGUAGGGCAUGUAGGUUUUCCUGACCAUGUGACCUGACCAGGAAAAACUCUGGGCCUUAGGGAAGGACCAGAGUUUUUCCUGUUUAGGUGAUGUAGUGGGCUGUAUGUGUUCUGACUGUCUUCUGUCUCUCUGUCCUCUGUUCUAGACUGAUCCAUGACUACCUGAGUGUGGCUCCCUUCGCAGACUACAUCGACAGCAUGUACUAUAACCGAUUCCUGCAGUGGAAGUGGCUGGAGAGGUACACACACACGUACACACACACAGACAGACACACAGACAGACACACAGACAGACAGAUGUAUAAGCCUGAGAACCCCUACACAGCGCAAUGAUUAAAUGUUACAGUUACUUCACACCGCCUCUAUAUACAGUGCCUUCUGAAAGGAUUCAGACCCCUUGACUAUUUCCAUAUUUUGUUACAUUACAGCCUUAUUCUAAAAUUGUCUAAAUAUUUUUUUUCCCUCAUCAAUCUACACACAAUACCCCAUAAUGACAAAGCAAAAACAGGUUUGUAGAAAUGUUUACUAACGUAUAAAAAAUUUAAAACUGAAAUAUCACAUUUACAUAAGUAUUCAGACCCUUUACUCAGUACUUUGUUGAAGCACCUUUGGCAGCGAUUACAGUAUCAAGUCUUCUUGGGUAUGAUGCUACAAGCUUGGCACACCUGUAUUUGGGGAGUUUCUCCCAUUCUCUGCAGAUCCUCUCAAGCUCUGUCAGGUUGGAUGGGGAGCGUUGCUGCACAGCUAUUUUCAGGUCUCUCCAGAGAUGUUCGAUCGGGUUCAAGUCUGGGCUCUGGCUGGGCCACUCAAGGACAUUCAGAGACUUGUCCCGAAGCCACUCCUGCGUUGUCUUCGCUGUGUGCUUAGGGUCGUUGUCCUGUUGGAAGGUGAACCUUCGCCCCAGUCUGAGGUCCUGAGCGCUCUGGAGCAGGUUUUCAUCAAGGAUCUCCCUGUACUUUGCUCCGUUCAUCUUUGCCUCAAUCCUGACUAGUCUCCCAGUCCCUGCUGCUGAAAAACAUCACCACAGCAUGCUGUUUCCACCACCAUGCUUCACCGUAGAGAUGGUGCCAGGUUUCCUCCAGACGUGAUGCUUGGCAUUCAGGCCAAAUAGUUCAAUCUUGGUUUCAUCAGACCAGAUAAUCUUGUUUCUCAUGGUCUGAGAGUCUUUAGGUGCCUUUUGGCAAACUCCAAGUGGGCGGUCAUGUGCCUUUUACUGAGGAGUGGCUUCCGUCUGGCCACUCUACCAUAAAGGCCUGAUUGGUGGAGUGCUGCAGAGAUGGUUGUCCUUCUGGAAGGUUCUCCCAUCUCCACAGAGGAACUCUAGAGCUCUGUCAGAGUGACCAUUGGGUUCUUGGUCACCUCCCUGACCAAGUUCCUUCUCCCCCGAUUGCUCAGUUUGGCCGGGCGGCCAGCUCUAGCAAGAGUCUUGGUGGUUCCAAACUUCUUCCAUUUAAGGAUGAUGGAGGCCACUGUGUUCUUGGGGACUUUCAAUGCUGCAGACAUUCAAUGGAAACAGGAUGCACCUGAGCUCAAUUUCGAGUCUCAUAGCAAAGGGUCUGAAUGCUUAUGUAAAUAAUGUUUAUUUUGUUUAUUUUUUAUUUUAAAUUUGCAAAACUUUCGAAAAAUCUGUUUUUGCUUUGUCAUUAUGGGGUAUUGUGUAUAGAUUCCGCUCAAUACGGAAGUGGUCAGAUGACGCAGAUGCUAAAUUGCAGGACUGUUUUGCUAGCACAGACUGGAAUAUGUUCCGGGAUUCUUCCGAUGGCAUUGAGGACUACACCACAUCAGUCACUGGCUUCAUCAAUAAGUGCAUCGAUGAUGUCGUCCCCACAGUAACUGUACGUACCCCAACCAGAAGCCAUGGAUUACAGGCAACAUCCGCACUGAGCUAAAGGGUAGAGCUGCCGCUUUGAAGGAGCGGGAUGCUUAUAAGAAAUCUCGCUAUGCCCCGAAGAACCAUCAAACAGGCAAAGCGUCAAUACAGGACUAAGAUUGAAUCCUACUACACCAGCUCCGACGCUCGUCGGAUGUGGCAGGGUUUGCAAACUGUUACGAACUACAAAGGGAAAAACAGCCGCGAGCUGCCCAGUGACACGAGCAUACCAGACGAGCUAUAUGACUUCUAUGCGCGCUUCGAGGCAAGCAACACUGAAGCAUGUAUGAGAGCACCAGCUGUUCCAGACGACUGUGUGAUCACGCUCUCCGUAGCCGAUGUGAGUAAGACCUUUAAACAGGUCAACAUUCACAAGGCCGCAGGGCCAGACGGAUUACCAGGACGUGUACUCCGAGCAUGCGCUGACCAACUGGCAAGUGUCUUCACUGACAUUUCAAAUCAAAUCAAAUGUUAUUUGCCACAUGCGCCGAAUACAACAGGUGUAGACCUUACAGUGAAAUGCUUACUUACAAGCCCUUAACCAACAAUGCAGUUUUUAAGAAGAAAAAAAAAGUGUUAAGUUAAAAAUAGAUAAGUAAAAAAUAGCAAAUAAUUAAAGAGCAGCAGUAAAAUAAAAUAACAGUAGGGAGGUUAUAUACAGGGGGUACCGGUACAGAGUCAAUGUGCGGGGGCACCGGUUAGUCGAGGUAAUUGAGAUAAUAUGUACAUGUGGGUAGAGUUAAAGUGACUAUGCAUAAAUAAUAAACAGAGUAGCAGCAGUGUAAAAGAGGGGGUUGGGGUGGGGUGGGGGGACAAUGUAAAUAGUCCGGGUAGCCAAGAUUAGCUGUUCAGGAGUCUUAUGGCUUGGGGGUAGAAGCUGUUAAGAAGCCUUUUGGACCUAGACUUGGCGCUCCGGUACCGCUUGCCGUGCGGUAGCACAGAGAACAGUCUAUGACUAGGGUGGCUGGAGUCUUUGACCGUUUUUAGGGCCUUCCUCUGACACCGCCUGGUAUAGAGGUCCUGGAUGGCAGGAAGCUUGGCCCCAGUGAUGUACUGGGCUGUACGCACUACCCUCUGUAGUGCCUUGUGGUCGGAGGCCGAGCAGUUGCCAUACCAGGUGGAGCAUGGCAACCAGGAUGCUCUCGAUGGUGCAGCUGUAUAACUUUUUGAGGAUCCGGGGACCCAUGCCAAAUCUUUUCAGUCUCCUGAGGGGGAAUAGGCUUUGUCGUGCCCUAUUCACGACUGUCUUGGUGUGUUUGGACAAUGAUAGUUUCUUGCUGAUGUGGACACCAAGGAACUUGAAGCUCUCAACCUGCUCCACUACAGCCGCGUCGAUGAGAAUGGGGGCGUGCUCACUCCUCUUCUUUUUCCUAUAGUCCACAAUCAUCUCCUUUGUCUUGAUCACGUUGAGGGAGAGGUUGUUAUCCUGGCACCACACUGCCAGGUCUCUGACCUCCUCCCUAUAGGCUCUCUCAUCAUUGUCGGUGAUCAGGCCUACCACUGUUGUUUCGUCGGCAAACGUAAUGAUGGUGUUGGGAGUUGUGCUUGGCCAUGCAGUCAUGGGUGAACAGGGAGUACAGGAGGGGACUGAGCACGCACCCCUGAUGGGCCCCCGGGUUGAGGAUCAGCGUGGCAGAUGUGUUGCUACCUACUUUUACCACCUGGGGGCGGCCCGUCAGGAAGUCCAGGAUCCAGUUGCAGAGGGAAGUGUUUAGUCCCAGGGUCCUUAGCUUAUUGAUGAGCUUUAAGGGCACUAUGGUGUUGAACGCUGAGCUAUAGUCAAUGAAUAGCAUUCUCACGUAGGUGUUUCUUUUGUCCAGGUGGGAAAGGGCAGUGUGGAGUGCAAUAGAGAUUGCAUCAUCUGUGAAUCUGUUGGCGCUAUGAAAAUUGGAGAGGGUCUAGGGUUUCUGGGAUAAUGGUGUUGAUGCGAGCCAUGACCAGCUUUUCAAAGCACUUCAUGACUACAUACGUGAGUGCUUCGGGUCGGUAGUCAUUUAGGACUGUUCUUUCUGCUACCGCACGGCAAGCGGUACCGGAGCUUCAAGUCUAGGUCCAAAAGGCUUCUUAACAGCUUCUACCCCCAAGCCAUAAGACUCCUGAACAGCUAAUCAAAUGGCCACCCAGACUAUUUGCAUUGUUUACGCUGCUGCUAUUCUCUGUUUAUUAUCUAUGCAUAGUCACUUUACCUCUACCUACAUGUACAUACAUGUACAUUUUCUGGAUGUUUUUGUUGUUAUUCUGUCUCUCACUGUUCAAAUAAACCUACCAUUAAAAUUAUAGACUGAUAAUUUCUUUGUCAGUGGGCAAACGUACAAAAUCAGCAGGGGAUCAAAUACUUUUUUUCCCUCACUGUAUGUCUCAAUCGUCUCAAGGCGUAAAAACCCUCCCCUUCAUCUACACUGAUUGACAUCAAUAAGGGAUCAUAGCUUUCACCUGGAUUCACCUGGUCAGUCUAUGUCAUGGAAAGAGAAGGUGUUCUUAAUGUUUUGUAGAUUCAGCAUAUGUAUUAGUGGCUCCUCUCAAGGUUGAGUGAGAAAGUUACAGAAGGUCAAAGAUCAUACCCCCAAGACAUGCUAAUCUUUCACCAAUAACCGGGGAGGUUAGCAUGUCUUGGGGGUAUGAUCUUUGAUCAUGGUAUCCGUAAUCAUGGUAGCAGCCACAUUAAUGUAGAAGUGUUUAAAAACUUAUUAUAUUCUUAUUUACAAUAAAAGUGAUUCCAAAAUGACACAAUACAUUAUCAACCAUUCAUUUCUAUGGGGCACAAAAUAAUCGGAAACACAACCAAAACUAACUGCAAAUCCAUUCAGCAAGUUUGUAGAGUCACAACCUUUAUGUAGUCAUUGCGUGCUAGGAAUAUGGGAACAAAUACUAAACUUUUGACUACUUUAUUUAUAAGAAUCUUUAUGUGUGUCAAUAAUUUUCAACCCUACCUUUUUGAGAUAAAAUAAUAUUACUUAUUAAACAAAAUCUCUUUCUUUGAGCAAUUGUAUUAGUAUAAAAUAAUAUAAUUUCCCCAUUGUUUUUAGCAUACGAUAUAGCUCAGUAUAUUAAUUAUUUAUUUUAUACAGUCAUUAUUGCUCAUUACAGUUUUGGUUUUGUUCACAUCCAUACUCGUGCUUGUCUAUUUAAAUACCUUUUAUCCCAGCAGGACUAUCAUAUAUUUUUUUUUUUACCUUUAUUUAACCAGGUAAGCCAGUUGAGAACAAGUUCUCAUUUACAACUGCGACCUGGCCAAGAUAAAGCAAAGCAGUGCGAUAAAAACAACAACACAGAGUUACAUAUGGGGUAAAACAAAACAUAAAGUCAAAAAUACUACAGAAAAUAUAUAUAUACAGUGUGUGCAAAUGUAGCAAGUUAUGGAGGUAAGGCAAUAAAUAGGCUAUAGUGCAAAAUAAUUACAAUUAGUAUUAACACUGGAAUGAUAGAUGUGCAAGAGAUUAUGUGCAAAUAGAGAUACUGGGGUGCAAAUUAGCUAAAUAAAUAACAAUAUGGGGAUGAGGUAGUUGGGUGGGCUAAUUUCAGAUGGGCUGUGUACAGGUGCAGUGAUCGGUAAGGUGCUCUGACAACUGAUGCUUAAAGUUAGUGAGGGAGAUAAGAGUCUCCAGCUUCAGAGAUUUUUGCAAUUCGUUCCAGUCAUUGGCAGCAGAGAACUGGAAGGAAUGGCGGCCAAAGGAGGUGUUGGCUUUGGGGAUGACCAGUGAGAUAUACCUGCUGGAGCGCAUACUACGGGUGGGUGUUGCUAUGGUGACCAAUGAGCUAAGAUAAUGCGGGGAUUUGCCUAGCAGUGAUUUAUAGAUGGCCUGGAGGCAGUGGGUUUGGCGACGAAUAUGUAGUGAGGACCAGCCAACAAGAGCGUACAGGUCACAGUGGUGGGUAGUAUAUGGGGCUUUGGUAACAAAACGGAUGGCACUGUGAUAGACUACAUCCAAUUUGCUGAGUAGAGUGUUGGAGGCUAUUUUGUAAAUGACAUCGCCGAAGUCAAGGAUCGGUAAGAUAGUCAGUUUUACGAGGGCAUGUUUGGUAGCAUGAGUGAAGGAGGCUUUGUUGCGAAAUAGGAAGCCGAUUCUAGAUUUAACUUUGGAUUGGAGAUUCUUAAUGUGAGUCUGGAAGGAGAGUUUACAGUCUAACCAGACACCUAGGUAUUUGUAAUUGUCCACAUACUCUAGGUCAGACCUGCCGAGAGUAGUGAUUCUAGUCGGGUGGGCGGGUACCAGCAGCGUUCGAUUGAAGAGCAUGCAUUUAGUUUUACUUGUGUUUAAGAGCAGUUGGAGGCUACUGAAGGAGUGUUGUAUGGCAUUGAAGCUCUUUUGGAGGUUUGUUAACACAGUGUCCAAUGAAGGGCCAGAUGUAUACAAAAUGGUGUCGUCUGCGUAGAGGUGGAUGGAAUGCAAACGAGUCCUUUGGGGAACAGAUUUAUUUAUGGAAAUACAUGAGCCCUGGUCUCUAUAUUUAUAUACAUUAGCAAACAGAACAUGUCUCCACUCUCCAGCCUAGCAGAGGCAAGGCUUGUGCAAUGAUCUUCCCAUAAGAGUCAUAGAUGUGACUAAAGAGAUAAGUUUACCCAUACUCUUUCAUCACGGUGUGUAUCCCAAAUGGCACCCUAUUCCCUUUAUAGUGCACAACUUUUGACUAGGGCCCAUUAGGGCUCUAGUCAAACGUAGUGCACUAUAUAGGGAAUAGUGUGUCAUUUUCAUUUGGGAUGCAACCUUUGACUCACAGUAAAUAUUCCAACACUUUGUUAAAGGUCUUAAGAAAGUAGUCCUAUCUUGCAUUUGGUACUGGGCCGAACUCAAGUCUAGUUAUAAUAUAAGCCAGAACAUAUUAAAAAAGAGGGUUUUAUUCCCCCUAUUGCUUUCCUUUGAUAGAAUAGUGUUUUUAAAGCAAACAUUUUGUAAAAGUGUAACGGUCAAGCCUUUUUACUUACAAAGUCAGAUGUGUAUGUUCAGAUGCAUUGCUGCUGUACAGUCAGUGUAUGUCGAUAUAGUUGAGCACAUUUUCCCACGAUGGACAAUAAAGUUGUUGUUUUGUAUUGUGUUGACCCCUUUCUCUGUGUUCUCACAGGCAGCCAGUCACUAAGAACACAUUCCGACAGUACAGGGUAUUAGGGAAGGGAGGCUUCGGUGAGGUAAGGACUGUCUCUGUCUCUUUGUCUCCUUAACUAAAGCUUCCUUUCAUUUAGAAUUAUAUUUUACAAGUAGAUAAUAAUAAAUAAAUAUAGUGUCUCUUAUAAUCUUCAUCAUCAGACCCUCAAAGGGAUGAACUUAUAAAUGAUCAAUGAGGUACAACAAAGACCUCAGUGUGGAUGUGAAUUGAUGGGCCCAUAAAAUUAUCAACUGUGUUGUUGUGUGUUUUCGGGAUACAAGUGCCAUUAACUGGUGUCCUCUUGAGCUCUCCUCAUGUGAAAUGGCCUGAGCCAUGGUCAUGCCUCCAUUACAGUGUAUUUACUGUGUCAAAGUAGACAACACUGUGGUGUUCAACUAUGAAAAACCUACAAUAUUCAGUUAACUAGCCUUUUCUAUAUCUAUCCCCCCCCCUCUCUCUCUUUGUCUCUCUUUCAUCCACUCUUCUCGUCAGGUGUGUGCGUGCCAGGUGCGUGCCACAGGGAAGAUGUACGCGUGUAAGAAGUUAGAGAAGAAGAGGAUCAAGAAGAGGAAAGGAGAGUCCAUGGCCUUAAACGAGAAGCAGAUUCUAGAGAAAGUCAACAGUAGGUUUGUAGUAAGUGUACGAGCUACCUACUUACCUCCUACCAUGUGUCACAUUAUGUAUAAUACACCUUCCUAAUAUUGCGUUGCACCCCCUUUUGCCCUCAGAACAGCCUCAAUUCAUCAGAGCAUGGACUCCACAAGGUGUUGAAAGCAUUCCACAGGAAUGCUGGCCCAUGUUGACUCCAAUGCUUCCCACAGUUAUGUCAAGUUGGCUGGAUGUCCUUUGGGUGGUGGACCAUUCUUGAUACACACGGGGAACUGUUGAAUGUGAAAAACGCAGCAGCGUUGCAGUUCUUGACACACUCAAACUGGUGCGCCUGGCACCUGCUACCAUACCCCGUUCAAAGGCACUUAAAAUCUUGUCUUGCCCAUUCAUCCUCUGAAUGGCACACACAAUCCAUGUCUCAAGGCUUAAAAAUCCAUCUUUAACGUGUCUCCUCCCCUUCAUCUAUGUAUGCAUUCACUAACUGUAAGUCGCUCUGGAUAAGAGCGUCUGCUAAGUGACUAAAAUGUAAUGUAAAUGUAAAUCUACACUGAUUGAAGUGGAUUUAACAAGUGACAUCAAUAAGGGAUCAUAGCUUUCCCCUGGAUUCACCUGGUCAGUCUAUGGCUUGGAAAGAGCAGGUGUUCCUAAUGUUUUGUAAUGUAUCUAUGAACUACAUUAAUAUUUGAUGCACCACUUACUAAUUUUUCCUUACAAAGAUGUCAAGUUGACUGAACUCAAUGAUUUAAACUGUCGACUGCAACUCAGCUUUUGACCGCAACAUUAAAACUUUUGACCAGUUGAGUCUAGAUGGCUCUUCCAGACUACUGUCUGAUAACUCAGAUCAGAUCAUAAUAAUAAUAAUAAUAACACUAUUAAUUAAAAGAUAACAUCAGGGUUUGAUUCAGUUGGGUUUGUUUUCAUUUCAAGUGACCCCACACAAUCCAAUUUCGACAUAUUUUAUUUGGACAUCCAUCACUGGUCCAAUGUGUUGGCCAAAAGUGGACAGAUGUUAAUUCUGUUUCCCACAAAUUCUACUCUCCUUCUCCUACCUCAUAGCUUUGUUAAUUGUGUAUAUUUGAAGUAGUAGAAGUAUGAUUUUCAAACCGGUCUCUUAGCCAAGUGUUCUAUUCUUUAGGGCACACCAUAGCAGAAUGUAAGGAAACAUUUUUGCGACAAAAGACAAAAAAAAGCGCUUCUUAUUGAACAAGUUCAGGUAAUCCCUCCCCAUUUUAGUCAGUUUUGUUUUGUUUUCAUCUGUUUGGUGCCUAAUGAAUAUGACCGUGUGUCGUGGAGGUGAGUCUAGCAUACGCGUAUGAGACGAAGGACGCUCUGUGUCUGGUGCUGACCCUGAUGAACGGAGGAGACCUCAAGUUCCACAUCUACCACAUGGGAGAGGCUGGCUUCGAGGAGAGGAGGGCUGUGUUCUACUCUGCAGAGCUGGCCUGUGGCCUGGAGGACCUGCAAAGAGAGAGGAUCGUCUACAGGUGAGGCUACACACACAGUCACACACACAUAGGCACACACACGCACACAGAAAUGCAUACACACACACACAAGGCUGUUCUGAUAGAAUGGUUCAGUGGGUACUCGACUUCCUGCGUACAAGGCUACAGGAAGUUUAUGGAGCAUAUUUAGUGUUUACACAACUAUCAGCUUACAAGGGUGGAUGGAGAUAGAGAGGUGAGGGGAGAACGAUAGAUAGCAAGACGUUGGGAGAGAGAAAGUGGUCCUCUGUAGCUCAACUGGUAGAGCACGGCGCUUGAAACGCCAAGGUAGUGGGUUCGAGCCCCGGGACCACCCAUACACAAAAAUGUAUGCAUGCAUGACUGUAAGUCGCUUUGGAUAAAAGCGUCUGCUAAAUGGCAUAUUAUUAUUAUUAUAAAGUGAGACAAAGGAAGACAAAGAGCAGAGAGCUUUCAAAGUUUUGUAAAUCUGCUCAUGGAAGAGAUAGAAGUUAGUUAUUGGUUUUAUAACUCCUUGUAUUGCUGUCUUUUUCCAGGGACCUGAAGCCUGAAAACAUACUAUUGGAUGACCAUGGUGAGUAGAGAUCGAGAUGGAAAUAAUAUGAAUGCCCACUAUACAAGUAAAUAAAUGUUUUAUGGACCAACCCUGGUCCUGGAACAAUGCUAUAGUUCCAGCCAAGCACUACUUUAAAACACUUGAUUCAACUAAUCAAGGUCUUGAUGAUUAAUUGAAUAAUAGAUCAGGUGUGUUAGUGAUGGGCUGGAACAAAAGCCUGCACACAUUAUAGCUCUCCAUAACCAGAGUUGGUACAGUAACCACUGCAUGUGUGAACCGAGGCUGUCGUUCUGUAAUUCACCAAUAGAGGGAGCAGAUUGUCUAUGAAAAUACCUCUCUCAGGACAGGAGGGCUCCUGCUUUCUCAAGGUUGUCAGUAGAGCCUGCGGCCACUGAAUAGUGCUCUUUGGCAAAACAACAUAAGGUUUCUAAAGUACAUGGCUUUCAUAAGAUCUGCUUUGACCAAAGGAUGUCCUGAUAUACAUAGUCUGUGGUCCAGACUCCAGACUGGAGAUAGCAUGUCAUAUGACAUAUGGUUGAAUGUCAUAGGAUUGAGGUGUGUUAUAUGUAAUACUGUAUGUCUUGUUUUGUUGCAUCGUGAUUGGCCGUCUCCUUCUAUAUCCAUUGAUAUGCAUCAUCUGUGGGGAUAGCAUGUCACAAUCCUCCAAUUUGUAAGUCGCUCUGGAUAAGAGCGUCUGCUAAAUGACGUAAAUGUAAAUAUGACAUAAGGUUAAGUGUCACAGCAUUGAGGUGUGUUAUAGGUAAUACUGAAUGUGUCUGUUAUACUGUAUGUAUGUGUUCUGUCAUGUCAUAUUCGGAUAUCUCGAUUGAGAUGCAUCUUUUGUGGGGAUAGCAUGUGAUAUGGCAUAAGGUUAACUGUUCCAGCAAUUGGUGUGUACUGUAACACAGUGCGUGUUGUGCUGUGUUCCUUUAGGUCAUAUCCGGAUAUCAGACCUGGGCUUGGCGGUCCACGUUCCCGAGGGAGAGACCAUCAAGGGUCGGGUGGGCACCGUAGGGUACAUGGGUAAGCACUAUUCAACACCAUUCAACAAAAGAUAUUCAACACCUUUUUUCAAAUACUGUUACUGUACUGUGUAAUGUACAGUACCAAUAUACUUUCAGUAUUUGUAAUCAUGUCUCUGUGUGUCUAUGUGUGUGUACGCGUGCAUGCGUGCCUGUGUGCCUGUCAUCCUAAUGUGUGUGUGUGUGUGUGUCAGCUCCAGAGGUGGUGAAGAAUGAGCGCUACACCUUCAGCCCCGACUGGUGGGCGCUGGGCUGUCUGCUGUAUGAGAUGAUCGAGGGCCAGUCUCCCUUCCAGCAGCGCAAGAAGAAGAUCAAACGCGAGGACGUAGAGAGGCUGGUCAGAGACGUGGAGGAGGAGUACUCAGACAAGUUCUCAGAGGACGCCAAGUCCCUCUGCAAAAUGGUACCUGACUACAGUACCUCCUCCUACAGAGCCCGGUGUAGCUCAGUUGGUAGAGCAUGGCGCUUGCAACGCCAGGGUUGUGGGUUCGUUUCCCAUGGGGGGCCAGUAUGAAAAAUGUAUGCACUCACUAACUGUAAGUCGCUCUGGAUAAGAGCGUCUGCUAAAUGACUAAAAUGUCAAAUAUUGUCAACAACAUGGGAUCAUGCUUUGUUGUCUGUUGGCUUUGCAUAUCAAAAUCAGUCUUUAUGGUAAUAGUUUUAUUUGUGAAGGCAGCAUCAUGUGUUCAAGAGAUUUGCAUUCAUGAUGUACAGUCGUGGUCAAAAGUUUUGAGAAUGACACAAGUAUUGGUCUUCACAAAGUUCGCUGCUUCAGUGUUAUGAGAUAUUUUUGUCAGAUGUUACUAUGGUAUACUGAAGUAUAAUUACAAGCAUUCCAUAAGUGUCAAAGGCUUUUAUUGACAAUUACAUUAAGUUUCUGCAAAGAGUCAAUAUUUGCAAUGUUGACCCUUCUUUUUCAAGACCUCUGCAAUCCGCCCUGGCAUGCUGUCAAUUAACUUCUGGGCCACAUCCUGACUGAUGGCAGCCCAUUCUUGCAUAAUCAAUGCUUGGAGUUUGUCAGAAUUUGUGGGUUUUUAUUUGUCCACCUACCUCUUGAGGAUCAACCACAAGUUCUCAAUGUGAAUAAGGUCUGGGGAGUUUCCUGGCCAUGGACCCAAAAUGUCGAUGUUUUGUUCCCCGAGCCACUUAGUUAUCACUUUUGCAUUAUGGCAAGGUGCUCCAUCAUGCUGGAAAAGGCAUUGGUCGUCACCAAACUGUUCUUGGAUGGUUGUGAGAAGUUGCUCUCUGAGGAUGUGUUGGCACCAUUCUUUAUUCAUGGCUGUGUUCUUAGACAAAAUGGUGAGUGAGCCCACUCGCUUGGCUGAGAAGCAACCCCACACAUGAAUUGGCUCAGGAUGCUUUACUGUUGGCAUGACACAGGACUGUUGGCAUGACAAACACCUUGUCCGGUCUUCUCCGGACAAGGUGUUUUCCGAAUGCCCCAAACAAUCGGAAAGGGGAUUCAUCAGAGAUGAAAUGACUUUACCCCAGUCCUCAGCAGUACAAUCCCUGUACCUUUUGCAGAAUAUCAGUCUGUCCCUGAUGUUUUUCCUGGAGAGAAGUGGCUUCUUUGCUGCCCAUCUUGACACCAGGCCAUCCCCCAAAAGUCUUCGCCUCACUGUGCGUGCAGAUGCACUCACACCUGCCUGCUGCCAUUCCUGAGCAAGCUCUGCACUGGUGGUGCCCCGAUCCCACAGCUGAAUCAUCUUUAGGAGACGGUCCUGGCGCUUACUGGACUGUCUUGGGCGCCCUGAAGCCUUCUUCACAACAAUUGAACCUCUCUCCUUGAAGUUCUUGAUGAUCCGAUAAAUGGUUGAUUUUAGGUGCAAUCUUACAAGCAGCAAUAUCCUUGCCUGUGAAGCCCUUUUUGUGCAAAGCAAUGAUGACGGCACGUGUUUCCUUGCAGGUAACCAUAGUUAACAGAGGAAGAACAAUGAUUUCAAGCACCACCCUCCUUUUAAAGCUUACAGUCUGUUAUUCUAACUCAAUCAGCAUGACAGAGUGAUCUCCAGCCUUGUCCUUGUCAACACUCUCACCUGUGUUAACGAGAGAAUCACUGACAUGAUGGUAGCUGGUCCUUUUGCGGCAGGGCUGAAAUGCAGUGGAAAUGUUUUUAUGGGAUUAAGUUCAUUUUCAUGGCAAAGAGGGACUUUGCAAUUAAUUGCAAUUCAUCUGAUCACUCUUCAUGACAUUCUGGAGUAUAUGCAAAUUGCCAUCAUCAAAACUGAGUCAGCAGACUUUGUGAAAAUUUGUAUUUGUGUCAUUCUCAAAACCUUUGACCACGACUGUAUGUGCAUGAAGGAUGCUUUUAUUCUGGUUUUCUAUGGCUUGUAAUAUCAUAAGCAAAGAAGGUUGUCUGUCAUGAUUUUAAAACUAACUUCAAACACAUACAGCAAGCAGAUCAGUGCCUAAUUCAACAGUAUAACAGCAUAACAUAUUUACUUUGUUGCUUAGUAACACUGCUGUCACUCUCUCAUGUCUCUGCCUAGCUGCUGGCCAAAGAGCCCAGUAAGAGGCUGGGCUGCCAGGGGGAGGGGGCUACGGAGGUGAAGGCCCACCCCAUCUUCCGAUCCAUCAACUUCAAGAGGCUGAAAGCUGGCAGGCUGAAGGCCCCCUUCACCCCUGAUGUAAGGAAACACACUGCAUGAUCCAAUCUGUUUACUGUACAGACGUCAUAAUCCCUAAUGCAUCAUUUGGAUAGAUUCCAAGAGUGACACAUCCAAGAAUAUCACUGUGUAGUGACGCUGUCAUGACAUGAAACAUCUAGCGUUUUGGUCUUUCUAUGGUAGUCUUCUCGUAUAGGAUGAAUCAGCUGCCUCCACUUGAUGAUGUUAUAGUGUAUGUGCAUGUGUUUAUAUGCCAUAUAACCUUAUUCAUCCCCAGAGCACAAGCACAUGAUUACAUAAAUGUACAGUGCAUGCAACACAGGAUGUACAGUAGACAUACAGUACCAGUCAAACGUUUGGACACACCUACUCAUUCAAGGGUUUUUCUUUAUUUUUACUAUUUUCUACAUUGUAGAAUAAUAGUGAAAACAUCAAAACUAUGAAAUAACAUAUGGAAUCAUGUAGUAACCAAAAAAGUGUUAAACAAAUCAAAAUAUAUUUUAUAUUUGAGAUUCUUCAAAUAGUCACGCUUUGCCUUGAUGACAGCUUUGCACACUCUUGGCUCAACCAGCUUCACCUGGAAUGCUUUUCCAACAGUCUUGAAGGAGUUCCCAUAUAUGCUGAGCACUUGUUGGCUGCUUUUCCUUCACUCUGCCAUCCGACUCAUCCCAAACCAUCUCAAUUGGGUUGAGGUCGGGGGAUUGUGGAGGCCAGGUCAUCUGAUGCAGCACUCCAUCACUCUCCUUCUUGGUAAAAUAGCCCAUACACAUCCUGGAGGUGUGUUGGGACAUUGUUCUGUUGAAAAACGAAUGAUUGUCCAAAUAAGCCCAAACCAGAUGGGAUGGCGUAUCGCUGCAGAAUGCUGUGGUAGCCAUGCUGGUUAAGUGUGCCUUGAAUUCUAAAUAAAUCACAGACAGUGUCACCAGCUAAGCACCCCAACCAUAACACCUCCUCCAUGCUUUACGGUGGGAACUACACAUGCGGAGAUCAUCCGUUCACCCACACCGCGUCUCACAAAGACACGGCGGUUGGAACCAAAAAUCUCCAAUUUGGACUCCAGGCCAAAGGACACAUUUCCACCGGUCUAAUGUCCAUUGCUCGUGUUUCUUGGCCCAAGCAGGUUUCUUCUUAUUAUUGGUUUCUUUGCAGAAAUUCGACCAUGAAGGCCUGAUUCACACAGUCCCCUCUGAACAGUUGAUAUUGAGAUGUGUCUGUGACUUGAACUCUGUGAAGCAUUUAUUUGGGCUGCAAUUUCUGAGGCUGGUAACUCUAAUGAACUAAUCCUCUGCAGCAGAGGUAACUCUGGGUCUUCCAUUCCUGUGGCGGUCCUCAUGAGAGCCAGUUUCAUCGCUUGAUGGUUUUUGCGACUGCACUUGAAGAAACUUUCAAAGUUCUUGAAAUGUUCCGUAUUGACUGACCUUCAUGUCUUAAAGUAAUGAUGGACUGUCGUUUCUCUUUGAUAAUUUGAGCUGUUCUUGGUCUUUUACCAAAUAGGGCUAUCUUCUGUAUACCUCCCCUUCACUAUUAUUCUGCAAUGUCGAAAAUAGUAAAAAAAUAAAGAAAAACCCUUGAAUGAGUAGGUUUGUCCAAACUUUGGACUGGUAGUGUACAUUGUUGUUUGCUUCCCCAGCCCCAGGCCAUUUACUGUAAGGACGUGCUGGACAUCGAGCAGUUCUCCACGGUCAAGGGGGUGGAGUUGGAGCCCAAAGAUGACUCAUUCUACUGUAAAGUGUCCACAGGCAGCGUGUCCAUCCCCUGGCAGAUGGAGGUCAGAGGUCACACAAUAUCACGCGCACCAAAAGGAAGCAACCUGUACUCAAUAUUUUCAUCAAUGAACCUUUAUCACAUUACAUAACGUCCUGAACAAGUAAAUUAAUUGAAACUUGUCUUAUGCAAUAUGAAGACACUCGGGCUCAGUAUGUAGACGCUAGAUAUUAGCCCCCUCAGGUGUACAACCAACCAAUAUUUAGGAAAGGCCCAAUAUAGAGGCACUAGGUCGAGCCACAAAGACCCAUAUUUACUAUGGAGGUCAGAAAAUAUGCCUAAUGGGGUCGUAGUCCAGAGCAUACUGCAGGCUACUGUCUGUGGCAGUUCAGACAGACAGACGGACACAGGGCCAAUUGAGUUAGCAGUGGGUUAUAAAAGCAACUUGUGAUUUGUAUCAAAACAGCUGCUUUGGCGCCAAGAAGACACAGGGCUCUGGUUAAAAGUAGUGCACCGUGGUCCUCUGUAGCUCAGCUGGUAGAGCACGGCGCUUGUAACGCCAGGGUAGUGGGUUCGAUCCCCGGGACCACCCAUACACAAAAAAAAUUUAUGCACGCAUGACUGUAAGUCGCUUUGGAUAAAAGCGUCUGCUAAAUGGCAUAUUAUUUAUUAUUAUUAUCAAAUUAAGUCUUCUGAAUGACUGAUGUGGUUAGAUUUGACAUCAGCCCGUUUUAAAACACCACAUUUACUUUGAGUAAUUUUCGGAGAAAAAAAUGUGUCCUAUUUUUAGUGCUUUCUCUUCCCCGUCCUAUCAAGAUGGCUUUUACUUUCAUCAUACUGAUGUUCUGAUCAAUAUCCUUGCAAAAAACACUCAUGUGCGUCCCAAAAAGCACCCUAUUCCCUAUGUAGUCCACUACUUUUGACCAGGUAAUAGGGUGCCAUUUGGUACGCCUUCUUAAAGUCCCCUUUUACCCUGACAUGUCCCUUUAUCAAAGAAGCUGUGAAACGAUGGAUUUGGGGUUUGAGGUUGUGAACGGAUAGUUUCUUCUGGUUCCAGAUGAUCGAGUCCGAGUGCUUUCAGGAGCUCAACGUGUUUCAUACGGACGGGACAGUUCCCCCGGACCUGGACUGGAGAGGGCAGCCCUCGCCAACUCCUAAACAGGGGCUGCUACAGAGGCUUUUUGGGAGACAGGUGAGAUCCUCAACCUUACUAAACCUAAAGCCUCAGUGUUGUGUGUGUCAUUGACUCUACAUUAUAUUUUCUGUUUGAUUUGUUAGGUCUCUGUAUAUUUUGGCCUCUAGGUGUAUGGAUUCUAAUUGACUACUGGGAUUUUUUGAUAAACCAGAAUGCACCUAUUGUAGCAUGAUGUACUACAUCACCCAUAAUGCUCUGUGUAAGAUCUCACAAUGAGCAGUAUGGGUACUGUAGUACAUCAUAUCAAAUAAAGCCUUUUUACAUCAGCAGAUGUCACAAAGUGCUUAUACAGAAACCCAACCUAAAACCCCAAACAGCAAGCAAUGCAGAAAUAGAAGCACGAUGGCUAGGAAAAACUCCCUAGAAAGGCAGGACCUAGGAAGAAACCUAGAGAGGAACCAGGCUCUGAGGUCGUGGCCAGUCCUCUUCUGGCUGUGCUGGGUGGAGAUUAUACAUGGCCAUUAAGGCCAGAUCGUUCUUCAAGAUGUUCAAACAUUCAUAGAUGAACAGCAGGGUCAAAUCAUAAUCACAGUGGUUGUAGAGGGUGCAACAGGUCAGCACCUCAGGAGUAAAUGUCAGUUGGGGGGAGAGGGGGGGGAAGAGAAGAGAGAGAGCAUACUUAAGUUCACACAGGACACCAGAUAAGACAGGAGAAUUUCACCAGAUAUAACAGACUGACCCUAGCCCCCCGGCACAUAGACUAUUGCAGCAUAGAAACUGGAGGCUGAGACAGGGGGGUUCGGGGGACACUGUGGCCCUGUCCGACGAUACCCCUGGACAGGGCCAACCAGGCAGGAUAUAACCCCACCCACUUUGCCAAAGCACAGCCCCAACAUCACUAGAGGGAUAUCAACAGAUCACCAACUUACUACCCUGAGACAAGGCUGAAUAUAGCCCACGAAGAUCUCCUCCACUGCACGAGCCCGAGGGGGCACGUCAGUGACUCAACCCACUUGAGUAUAGCGAAAAAAGCCUGGCACAAGGUGACGCACCCCUCCUAGGGACGGCAUGGAAGAGCACUAGUAAGCCAGUGACUCAGCCCCCGUAAUAGGGUCAGAGGCAGUGAAUCCCAGUGGAGAGAGGGGAGCCGGCCAGGCAGAGACAGCAAGGGCGGUUCGUCACUCCAAAGCCUUGCUGUUCACCUUCGCAACCCUGGGCCAGAUAACACUCAAUCAUAGGACCUACUGAAGAGAUGAGCCUUCAGUAAAGACUUAAUGGUCGCCAGUGUAGAGAGGCUAGCACUGGAGUAAUAUGAUCACAUUUUUGGGUUCUAGUCUUAAGAUUCUAGCAGCCUUAUUUAGCACUAAGUGAAGUUUAUUUAGUGCUGUAGCCGAAGAGAGUAGAGCAUUGCAGUAGUCUCAUCUAGAAGUGACAGAAGCAUGGAAUAGCUUUUCUGCAUAAUUUUUGGACAAAACGUUUCUGUUUUUUGCAAAUGUUACGAAUAUGGAAAAAAGCUGCCAUUGAAAUAUUCUUGAUAUGUUCGUCAAAAGAGAGAUCAGGGUCCAGAGUAACGUCGAGGUCCUUCACAGUUUUAUUUGAGACGACUGUACAACCAUCAAGAUUAAUUGUCAGAUCAUGCUCCUGAAGCUUACAUAAUGGUGUUCCGUAUCCCUAUCAAUACUUAUAGUCAUACACUUCUCUUUGGGCCUCUUGAUAAUGACCUGCUCUCUGUCGCUCUCUGUCAGGACUGCUGUGGGAACUGCAGCGACAGUGACGAGGAGCCCACCAGGCUGUGA